AUGGUGUUAGUGGUUGAGUUGUGCCAUACCACAGUAUCAGUGGUCGAGCUGUGCCAGACCACGGUGUUAGUGGUUGAGCUGGGCCAGACCACGGUAUUAGUGGUCGAGCGAGGCCAGACCACGGUGUUAGUGUUCGGGCUGGGCUCGAGCUUGGUCGCCAUAUAUUUUUCUAGCUUGACUCGUGUGGGCUUGUGGGCCCAUUGGUCCAUGAGCUUAGCCUCGGUGCACAUGAGGUUGAUUUACGUGGUGUUCACUCAAAGGACUUCUAGUCCUAAUGAAAUUAGGAUGUUUCAGGAUCACCAAGAGGCUUAUCUAAAUGGAGUCGUAGUCCGAGGAGGGUUAGGUUGUUCUGGAGUCCCAGUUCAAGGAGAGCUGGUUUGCUCUAGAGUUCCACUCUGA